UAGUGGGGGCGAAGCGAACGGCCUACCGCCGAAUGUUUUGCCCUAUUGUUCAGGGAUGUCGCGAAAAAUGAUGGAUUUCUGUUGAAUUCGAGCUAGGUAAAGCGGGAUCCGAGCGGUGGAAAUGUGUUUUAUGCUUAUCGAGAUGGGACAAGUGCUUUGCGACGAGCGCAGACUGCGGUAAUACCGGUUAAAAACGUCGAGAAACUCCACAGACGACUCUUUGUCAUGGACAUGCAAGCUUCUAAUGUGUAUACCUCCAUCCCUGGAUUGCCUGAACAACUAGGGAUGGUAUGGAUGGGAGAUAUGAUGGUGGGAGAGCCCACUCAUGAACUCAUGCUGGAUCCUCGUCAAGCUGAAAGCCCCUUCUUCUCCCAUGGUUCGCAUCCAUAUGAAGAUCUUAGAAAUCAUCACAUUGCUCCCAUGGUACGCUAUAUACCACAACAAUUCCCAAAUGAAUGUUCAGAACCUGAUGAAGCAAUGGAAGCUGUAGAUGCUCAUGAGAUACAGCGAGAAUAUGAUUCUCAGCCUGAAAGGCCAGAAAUGAAUGAAUACUUAACAUUAGAAGAUUAUAUUGGUGAUGAAGAACGAGAACAAAUCGUGAGCAAUGCAGCUACUCAAACAACUCAAGACAAUCGAAAUCGAAAAAUAAAGCCUAUAAAACAUCCUGGACUUGUUUUAAAAACACCAAUUGCUUAUCAACCUCAUACAGAUCUAAAUUUUAUUCCUAUUCGCAAAGAUGGUAUAGCUGUUUGUGAAAAAUGUGGUGCUAUUGGAGUAAAACAUGCCUUUUAUACAAAGGAGCGUAGAUUUUGCAGUAGAGCAUGUGCACGUUCUUCAGAACAUACAGCACCUACUGCCGAUUCGACGUAUAGUCCAUCUCAUUCAGUGGAUCAACCAGUAUCUGGAAAGCAAUCUCAAAUAUCUCUUAAUGAAACAAAAGCAUCGACAGAUGUAAUUAUAAAAGAAGAAAUAGAUAUCAAGGAACCUAUCGAAUCAGAGAAAGAAAAAGUUAAGUUAGAGCCAGUAAUGCCCGAGGAUUUACCAAUUAGAAAAAAGAGAACAGCAGAAAUGGCAGGUUCUUACGAUUGGACACCACAGCUUGUUGAACCUGGAUUUUGUGCUGCACCAGUCUCUUGUUUUAAACAUGCUCCUAUAUCUGAAAUAUGGGAUAAUAUCACAGUGGGUAUGAAAGUAGAGGUAGAAAAUACCGAUUGUGAUGAAGUAUGCGAGGCUUUCCCAGAUUCGUUUUGGGUUGCAACUGUAUUACGUAUAUGUGGAUAUAGAGCUUUGUUAAGGUAUGAGGGUUUUGGACACAAUGCAGAUAAAGAUUUUUGGGUGUCGCUUUGUUCUAAUGACAUACAUCCUGUUGGUUGGUGUGCCACAAUUGGAAAACCUCUUAUUCCACCUAACACAAUUGCAAACAAGUACAAAGAUUGGAAGGACUUUUUAAUGAGACGAUUAACUGGUGCAAGAACAUUGCCAACAAAUUUUUACAAUAAGGUGAACGAUAGUAUGAAAUCUCGUUUUCGAUGUGGGCUUCAUUUGGAAGUGGUAGAUAAAAACAGAAUCUCACAAGUGAAAGUUGCGACAAUACAAAAAAUUGUUGGCAAACGUUUGCAUGUGAGAUAUUACGAUUCUUCUCCGGAAGAUAAUGGUUUCUGGUGUCACGAAGAUUCACCCCUUAUACAUCCCGUCGGUUGGGCAAAGAGAAUAGGACAGACGCUAGAUGCAUAUCCUGAAUAUUUGGAUAGAAUUUCUAAAUCAAAAUUAUCCGAAGACGACGCAACGGAGAACCUUUUUCAUGUGCCAAAGAAUCACAUGCAUCUUGGAUAUACGUUUAGGGAAGGAAUGAAAAUAGAAGCCAUCGAUCCGCUUAAUCUUUCGGCUAUCUGCGCGGCAACAGUUAUGCGAGUUUUAAAGGAGGAUUACAUUAUGAUUCGCAUCGACACUUAUGACGAAGACGCAAGUGGUGCCGAUUGGUUUUGUUAUCAUUCAUGUUCGCCUUGUAUUUUUCCAAUCGGCUUUUGUUCCCAACACGGUUUACCAUUAACGCCACCAAAAGGUUAUGAUCCUACUACAUUUACAUGGGAUGCAUAUCUAAUGGAAACCAAUACUGUACCCGCUCCUAUACAGUUGUUUAAUUGGGAUAUUCCCCAACAUGGAUUUAUUGAAGGAAUGAGACUUGAAGCUGCUGAUUUAAUGGAUCCUAGAUUAGUUUGUGUUGCUACUAUUACUAGAGUGAUUGGCAGAUUAUUAAGAGUACAUUUUGAUGGUUGGGAAGAUGAAUAUGAUCAAUGGUUAGAUUGUCAAAGUCCAGACAUUUAUCCCGUUGGAUGGUGCGAUCUUGUCGACCACAAAUUAGAAGCACCACGAAGUAUACUCAUUAAAAACACUAGUCCUACUGUGAAAUCACCAAGAGGCCUUAAACGUAAAGCUAAGAGAAAAUUGAAGAAAAGUAGUAAGAUGUUUUGCUCCAAAAAUAUACUACCUCGUCAGAGCGAACGUAUUAGUAUGGCUCGCGAACGCGGGCGAGAAUUGGAGCCUGCUCAAGGAACCAAAAUUGAGAGAGAGCGUGACUUAGAGAGUUUACCGGAACAGAGAAGCAGAGAGCCGGAAACAGCGGAAGAACCGGUUGGUCCCGAUCAAACAUUACCCAGUCCUACUACUGGUCAAGGCCAAGCAUUGAGUGACACACAAAGCGAAGUACAGAGUCCUCCACCACCUAAAGAAAGAACUGCUACGUCAUACAUCAAUGUUACUUCAGCAAGUAGUAAAUAUAUACCAAGACUAGCAGAUGGUAUACAAAAAAGUUCGGAAUCUGGUGAUCUAGUGCCAUCUGAAUGGAAUGUUUUUGAUGUUGCACAAUUUCUCCGUGUUAACGAUUGUGCAACAUAUUGCGAUAAUUUCAGUAAACGUAAAAUAGAUGGAAAGACAUUGCUGACUCUCACUAAGGACCAAAUAAUAGACCUAACAGGUUUUAAAGUUGGACCUUCUUUAAAAAUAUAUGAUUUAAUUCAGCAAUUAAAAAUCAAAGUGAAUCCAGCUCAGGAAAGAUUGAAAUUAGGAUUGAAGAAAUUAUUAUAACAAAACUAGUAUAUAGUUAGCGCUAUAAUUAAGUUCCAUCAUUAUGCAAAUUAGACAUGGAUUUACAGGUAAGGCAUGUGAAAUACUGGUAAUUAAAAUCAUUUCUAUCUCAGUAUAGUUACAUACAUGUUAUUUGUUACUUUAUUAAUGUACUAAAAAAGAAUGUUUAUAUGUAGAUUCUUUAUAGUGUCUAAAACAAAAGCGUAAAAUUUAGAUGCCAUAUAAUCUAUUAUGAGUUAAAGGGGGAGAGGGGAGAAUAUUCCAUUCUGAAAAGCAGCUGUGAUUUUCUUUUAUCC